AUGAUUGAGGCAGUAGUUGUUGCUGGUCAAGAUGGUGAAGUUAUGGUUGUUAGUUAUGAUGAUAAAGUUGUGAUUGUUACUGAUCAUGAUAAUGGAGUUAUAGUUGUUGCUGGUUAUGAUGAUAAAGCCAUGGUUGUUGCUAGUUAUAAUAGUGCUAUGUUUUUUUAUAAUUAA